CUAUUAAAACAAAGCGCGCUUGCCUUCUAAGUUUCUUUUCACAAGCCAGAGAAAAAAGAGAGCGGAAGAGGGCUGACGACGAUGGCCUUCUCUUCUUCUUCGCUUUUUCUCUCCUUCUUCUUCUUCUUCUUCUUCGUCUUUUCUCUCUUAUUCCCCUCACGUGCUUCUCACGUGACCAACGACUUCAAAUGCAUUGACUUGGCAAAUCCAGCAGUAGAUGUUACCCCAACUCCCCUUUCUGGGCAUUCAUCUGUUCGUGGUUCUAAAGAUGUUUUGUUAUGUGAUCGAGUGAAAGUAUCUGGUUACUCAAGAUUGAAACUCAGGAGUUAUGCCUGUUCUGUUCGGGUUACUUUGUCUCCAUCUGUCUUAAUACCAGAAAGAUUACACAGCAAAAUACGAGUUUGCUUUCAUCGGAAUGCUUCACUUGGAUUAUGCAAGUGUGAGAAUGAUGAUUGGAAAGCAGUGCAAAAGGGUAUAUGGCACACUGUCAUGUCACCUUAUGAUGAUAGAUAUAUUGAUGUGAAGUUUAUUGGUGAUGUUUCUGGUUCUGUUGUGGUUGCUGUUGAAGAAGAUUUUCAGCAAUGGCGGCUUGUGUUUCUAGCUUUAGGAUUUGUUUUGUUGCUGUUGGCACCAUUUGUCAGCAAUUGGGUUCCUUUUUACUACAGCAGUUCAAUGGCUAUUGGUGUUUUUCUUGUCAUUAUAAUCCUUCUCUUUCAGAUGCUCAUCUACUCAGAUACUAUGAUUGGACGACCUGGAGAAUUACUAGGAAUGAAGUUGUUGCCAACAGGAAGGAAAAAUAUCUUCUAUCUAACUAUAUAUGGAUCAGUGCUUGGUGCUGGUUCUUUUCUUUUACAUCAAUUCUCUAUGUUGGUUAAUUCAAUUCUUGUCAAUUUUGGGCUCAGUGAAGAGAUGCAUAAUCCAGUUGCUAUAUUUUUAUUGGUUGGAAUUCUCCUCUCAGGAGCUGCAUUGGGGUACUGGAUUGUACGAAAAUUUGUGAUCUCAAAAGAUGGAAGCGUUGAUGUUGGUGUUGCCCAGUUUGUAAAAUGGGCCAUGCGCAUCAUUGCAACUACAUUUAUUUUCCAGAGCACUCUUGAUACUCAGCUGGCAAUGGUGGCAUUGGCUUCUUGUUCUGCUAUCUGUUCUCUUGUCACUUCCGCAAGAAGGAAUGGUCAUAUGCACCAACCACAUUCUGGGGACAAGAGUCCUUGGCUGCACCAGUCGAGGCAGGGAACGAUAAAGUAUGGGCGUGCUGAAUUUCUUAGUAGGUCUCCAAGAAUGGAUUCUAAUAGGAAGUUGUGGAAUAGUCCAAAGACUUCACCAGCAUGGACUAGCUCUCCUAUAAAAGGUGUGGUUGCAUCAUCACCUCUUGGUGAAGGUGCUAGAGAUCAUCAAGAUUACUAUUCAACCUUUCACAAGACGAGUAAUCGAAAGAAAUUCACAAAGCAAGAAUGGGAAGAUUUCAGUCGGGAAUCCACCCGGCAUGCCAUUGCAGAAUUGGCGGCAUCUCCAGAAUUCACCGAUUGGAUGAUUGAGCAUGCUGACAGGAUAAAACUCCUUCCAUGUGAUAGUUCAGAUGAAUCAGUGGGAAGCAAAUCAAGUUCAACAGACGAUGAAGAUGAAGGAAGCUACAGCCGAUUCAGAUUAUUUAAUUUGUGGUAACCGAGUAGAAAACUAUGUUAACUGCUGGACCACUUACAUGUGAAGUUAGGAAAUUUAGCCCCUUGUAAGCAUUUGACGGCGGUACAAAAACCCUUGUUUGAGCUAAUAGUUUCUGCCUAAUGUACAUAUAGAAAUGAAAAUUUAUGUAUUCAUGUUGUUUUGUUAAAAUACGAACAUUAUCAUAUUACAAUAUAUGUUAAGCAUUCUUUUUUUUGGAUAAAUUUAUAUAU